AUGUGGGCACGUACCGCUAUAGCGCAAGCGCCACGCUCUAUGCGUGCGCGCAGUGUGCACACUACUUCCAGACUCCUGCAACGUGAUCGACGUGAGCGUGAGCUCACGCCGGAACGCUCGUUGGACUUGAACAUGAUGGGACAGUUCCAGUUUGACGAUGUCCCCACGUUCGGUCAUAUGCGCCUGCAAAAGCAGCGUGAAAUGCUCGCAUACUACCGACUCAUGGCUAACGAGUUCCCUAAGUUGAAGGACUUGCAUGAACCGUUUCAACCGCCCGCUGCAUCGUCGUUCCUUACGUUCAAGUUUACACACUACCAAGGCGAAGAACACCCAGAUGCUAGCAAAGUCGUGCUGACGUUGCCUGUUCGUGAUCUGUUCCAGUCCAAGGCACUGACAUCCAUGGCUGCCAAGCACAAGUUCCUGCUGCUUGCCGGCCCACGGUGGCAGCCGCCUACCGCGUCGCUGGUCGAGCGCUGGAAUGCGGCAAAGCAGUCGGGUGACAAGACCUGGGAAGCUCUAGCUUCCGAGUCGGACCUCGGCACGGUGAAGAUUGCGUCGAAGACGUACCCCAACGAGUCGCAAAACAUGAAGUGGUGCAGUGAUGUGCUGGACAAAAUGGUGUCGGAGGCCAACGCAGAGCCGUCGUUUGCGGACGUGCCGCUGGAUGUGCGUCCAUACGUGAAACGCACGUCGCGUGGUGGCCGCACACCCCGCCCGACCAAGGCCGACUUUCCAGCGGAAUGGCUCUAA